AUCCGGGUGCGUGACGCAGCUUCCGUCUGUUAACCAGGAGUGGAGGGACGGCGGCGUCUGAGCUAUCAUCAUGGCUUCCAUUUCGUUAGCUCCUGUAAACAUCUUCAGAGCAGGUGCUGAUGAAGAAAAAGCUGAAACAGCCCGUCUGUCUUCCUUUGUUGGUGCCAUUGCAGUUGGCGACUUGGUUAAAAGUACUUUGGGACCAAAAGGCAUGGAUAAGAUACUGUUGAGUGGGGCAAGGGACAGUUCUGUGACAGUGACCAACGAUGGAGCAACAAUUCUUAAAUCCAUUGGUGUUGAUAACCCAGCUGCUCGAAUUCUGGUUGAGCUCUCAAAGGUACAAGAUGAGGAAGUUGGAGAUGGAACAACAUCAGUGACAGUAUUGACAGCCGAGCUUUUAAGAGAAGCAGAAUUGCUUAUUGCAAGAAAACUUCAUCCUCAGACAAUCAUUGCAGGCUGGAGGAAAGCAACCCAAGCAGCAAGAGAAGCCUUGAAAAAGGCAGCAGUGGAUCAUGGGGAUGAUGAUGCAAAGUUCUAUCAGGAUCUAAUGAAUAUUGCCAGAACCACACUAUCAUCCAAGCUACUGACACAUCAUAAAAAUCACUUUGCUCGUUUGGCAGUCGAAGCUGUGAUGAGACUCAAGGGUUCUGGUAACCUUGAAGCAAUUCAUGUAAUCAAGAAACUUGGAGGGAGCUUAAUUGAUUCCUAUUUGGAUGAAGGUUUUCUUUUGGAUAAGAAAAUUGGUGUUAACCAACCAAAGAGAAUUGAAAAUGCAAAAAUUUUGAUUGCAAACACGAGUAUGGAUACAGACAAAAUUAAGAUAUUUGGUUCACGUGUGAGGGUAGAUUCUACUGCAAAAGUUGCCGAGGUUGAACUGGCUGAAAAGGAAAAAAUGAAGGAGAAAGUGGAUCUAAUCCUGAAACAUGGAAUUAACUGUUUUAUCAACAGGCAGCUCAUUUAUAAUUACCCCGAGCAGUUAUUUGGUGCUGCAGGUGUUAUGGCUAUUGAGCAUGCUGACUUUUGUGGAAUUGAAAGACUUGCACUUGUAACUGGUGGUGAAAUAACUUCCACCUUUGAUCAUCCUGAACUGGUUAAGCUGGGCCACUGUAAAGUUAUUGAAGAGGUUAUGAUUGGUGAGGACAAGCUGCUUCACUUUUCUGGAGUAGAGCUAGGUGAGGCAUGUACCAUUAUUCUUCGAGGAGCCACUCAACAGAUUCUUGAUGAGGCUGAACGAUCUUUGCAUGAUGCCCUCUGUGUGCUAGCACAGACAAUAAAAGAGACUAGAACUGUUUAUGGUGGAGGCUGCUCAGAAAUGUUAAUGGCACAAGCUGUUUCUCAACAUGCUGUUAGAACACCAGGAAAAGAAGCUGUUGCAAUGGAGUCAUUUGCUAAAGCAUUGACAAUGUUACCUACUAUCAUAGCUGAUAAUGCUGGGUACGAUAGUGCUGAUUUAGUGGCUCAAUUACGAGCUGCUCAUGCAGAAGGAAAAGCAACUUAUGGAUUAGAUAUGACCAGCAAUACCAUUGGAGACAUGGCAGCGCUGGGCAUUACAGAGAGCUUUCAGGUGAAGAGGCAGGUCUUACUGAGUGCAUCAGAGGCAGCUGAAAUGAUCCUUCGAGUAGAUAAUAUUAUUAAAGCAGCACCAAGGAAACGUGUACCUGAUCAUCAUCCUUGUUAAACCAUGAACAUCAGCAACAAAAACAUUUGGAGUUUUUGCCAAGAGUGAACUUGAGGCGUGAUCUUUUAAGCUAAAGCAGAAGUUCUGUGUUGAUAAAAUUGUAGUUCACUGGUGUGUUGGGCCUCAGUUUUACUAAUUUUUCCCUUAAUGUGGAAUGUUUGUGGCUGAGGUUUCAGAUAUGGUCAGAGGCUGUAUUCAUGGCAUGUUGUAUUAAAAUUUUGUCAUUGCAA